AAUCGUAAAUCAUAAUACACAUAAAUUGGCAGUGUACGUGACGGGUGUUAAAAUAUAAUCGUCUUAAAUAAAGAAUCAUAAAAAUAAAAUAGUAAAAAUAUAAUAAUAAUAAAGUGGGCGCUCCGUCGUGCGUGCAAAAAGUGUUCGUACAAUUUUAUGGCCAAUGUCUGUGCGUGUGUGCGUGUGUGCGAAAUAUUAAUAGUAAAUUUUAAAUGGAAAAUAGUUGCAGUUAGUUAAGAUUCGGCAAAACGAUCAAAAAAUUAAUAUAUAUAUAUAAAAAAAAAACCUACUGCCAAUACUUAAAACAAGUAAAAACUUAAGGAUUUCACAGCUUUCGACACGUUGGAUCCCAUUUGCGUAUAAUGUCAUCAACAUGUGGAUUAAAUAUGGUUUUCAUGUCGAUCAUUUUCAUUAUCAUCGUAAAUGGCUACGCAAAAGAUAUUUCCGGAGUUGAAAGAGGUCGUGAACGACUUAAUGAAUACAUAUCCCACUAUGAAACACUCAACUAUGAUCAUGAGCACAUUAGAGCUAGUCACAUUAGAGCGCGUCGAUCGGUGACCAAAGAUCAUUUUGUACAUUUAAAGUUUGCAGCACAUGGAAGAGACUUCCAUCUUAGAUUAAAACGUGAUUUAAAUACAUUUAGUGAUAAGUUAGACUUUUAUGAUAGCAACGGCCCCAUUGAUGUCUCAACGGAUCAUAUCUAUGAGGGCGAAGUGAUAGGGGAUCGUAAUAGUUAUGUAUUUGGUUCCAUACACAAUGGGGUAUUCGAGGGUAAAAUUAUAACGGAACGUGAUGCCUAUUAUGUUGAACAUGCCAAACAUUAUUUUCCCACAAAUCGCACGACGGCGACGACGACGACGACCACCGCAACUGCAUUGUCCUCGACGACAACGGGGUCCACCAGCACACUAGACAACAAAAAAACUGCCAUUGAUAAUAAGACAGAAAAGUUCAUAAAUAAAAAUGCUGAAACCACAUCUACAAGCGAAUUCCCAAUGUACCCACGCAGCAGUUCCGAGCAGCCAGAAUCAACGACAAUGAUUUCACCGACCACCACAACAAAUGAGUCUGUGGAUGGGGAUAAAAAUGCUGCCGGUGCACAGGACGAACUUGAUUUCCACUCAAUUAUCUAUAAGGAGUCACACGUUGAGGAUGCCUACGAGAAUGUGCGCGAAGGUCAUGUGGGCGGCUGCGGCAUUACGGAGGAGGUCUCGCAGUGGAUGGAGAACAUACAAAAUUCAGCGGUUGAGGAGCUGCCUGUGCCCAUGUCAAAGGAUGUCCAAAAGCUGCACCGGAAGCAGCAGCACAAAAAGGCUGCUGGUCCCCAACAACAGGCACAGCAGCAACAACAGCAACAACAACAGCCACAUCCUCCCAAGAAGUACGCCAGCGGCGAUGAUGAUUUUAAAUUUCCACAUCAGAAGUAUACAAAGGAGGCAAACUUUGCCGAUGGUGCAUUCUAUGAUCCGGAGACCGGCCGUCGAUUGGGCUCCACGGCCAAUGUCGCCGAUUGGCAUGAGCUGGUCCAUGAGCGUGUGCGUCGCGCCACUGGCGGCAACAAUGGCGGCAGUGGCUCCAAUGCCAGCGGUUCGACCAGCUCGGCGGGCCCCGGACGUGGCCGUGAGGAUAACAAAAAUACCUGCUCGCUGUAUAUACAAACAGAUCCAUUGAUUUGGCGCCACAUACGCGAGGGUAUCGCCGAUCACGAUCGCGGCCGCAAGUACGAGGUGGACGUGAAAACCCGCGAGGAAAUCACAUCGCUGAUUGCACAUCAUGUGACGGCCGUUAAUUACAUUUACCGCAACACAAAGUUCGACGGACGCACCGAGCAUCGCAACAUACGCUUUGAGGUGCAACGCAUAAAAAUCGACGACGAUUCAGCCUGUCGUAAUGCCUACAAUGGGCCACACAAUGCUUUUUGCAAUGAGCACAUGGACGUAUCGAACUUUUUGAAUCUCCACUCGCUAGAGGAUCACUCAGACUUUUGUCUAGCCUAUGUAUUUACCUACAGAGAUUUUACGGGCGGCACUUUGGGCCUGGCCUGGGUGGCCAGUGCAUCUGGCGCCUCCGGCGGCAUCUGCGAGAAGUACAAGACCUACACGGAGACUGUGGGUGGUCAAUACCAGAGCACCAAGCGCUCCUUGAACACGGGCAUCAUCACCUUUGUCAACUACAACAGUCGCGUGCCACCAAAAGUAUCGCAGCUGACACUUGCCCAUGAAAUCGGGCACAAUUUUGGAUCUCCGCACGACUACCCGCAAGAAUGCCGUCCUGGUGGACUUAAUGGCAACUACAUUAUGUUCGCCAGCGCCACCUCAGGUGAUCGUCCAAACAAUUCCAAGUUCUCACCGUGUUCUAUACGCAACAUUUCCAAUGUGCUGGACGUGCUUGUGGGCAACACGAAACGCGACUGCUUCAAGGCCUCGGAGGGCGCCUUCUGUGGCAACAAGAUUGUGGAGUCUGGCGAGGAAUGCGACUGUGGUUUCAACGAGGAGGAGUGUAAGGACAACUGCUGCUAUCCGCGUCUCAUCAGCGAGUACGAUCAGUCGCUGAACUCCAGCGCCAAGGGCUGCAAGCGUCGCGCCAAGACGCAGUGCUCACCCUCGCAGGGACCCUGCUGCCUGGCCAACUCGUGCGCGUUCGUGCCCACGCACUAUCACCAGAAGUGCAAGGAGGAGACGGAGUGUAGCUGGUCGAGCACAUGCAAUGGCACCACCGCCGAGUGUCCGGAGCCGCGGCAUCGCGAUGACAAGACCAUGUGCAACAAUGGCACCGCCCUGUGCAUACGCGGCGAGUGCAGCGGGUCACCCUGCCUGCUGUGGAAUAUGACCAAAUGCUUCCUCACCUCGUCCAUGCUGCCGCACGUGGACAAGCGGAAGCUGUGCGAGCUGGCCUGCCAGGAUGGCAACGACACGGCCACCUGUCGCAGCACCAGCGAAUUUGCCGCCGAAUAUAAUAUACAGCCGGGUGGCAUCAGUCUCCAGCCGGGCUCACCCUGUGACAAUUUCCAGGGCUAUUGCGAUGUCUUUCUCAAGUGUCGCGCCGUCGACGCCGACGGGCCCCUGGUGCGGCUCAAGAAUCUGUUGCUCAAUCGCGAGACGCUGCUCACCGUUGCCGAGUGGGUCACGGGCAACUGGUAUCUGGUGGUGCUUAUUGGCGUUGGGUUCAUUGUCGUCCUGGGCGCAUUCAUCAAAUGCUGCGCCGUCCACACGCCCAGCUCCAAUCCGAAGAAGCGUCGCGCUCGUCGCAUCAGCGAGACGCUGCGUGCGCCAAUGAAUACGCUGCGCCGAAUGCAGCGUCAUCCGAAUCAGCGCGGAGCCGGACCACGCAGCAUCCCACCGCCUGCGCACGAGGCGCAGCAUUAUCCCCGUGGAGGUGGGGGCGGUGGCGGCGCUGCUGGCGGUGCAGCCGCUGGUGGACGGCAUGGUGGUGGCGCACGUGGUCAUCAUCAUAAUGCGCAUCCGCACGAAUGGGACCGGCAUCAGGGCGGGCACUCGAUAAUUCCGCUGCCCACGGGCGGCGGUCAUUCCAGUCGCAGCUCGGCCGCCAAUCAGGCGCGACGCAGCGAUGGACGCGGCGCACGGCCCAGCAGCAGCGGACGCCCACAGGCCAGCGGUCGAUCUGGGUAUGGAGCUGAUCAAGCGGGCGUGGGUGCCAUUGGUGGUGGUGUGCAGGCGGCCAUCAGCAGCGGCGGCGUUGUGGCGCGUGCUCAGCUGCCGCUGCCGUUGCCGCCGGCAAAUGCACAACAGCAGCAACAACAACAACAACAACAACAACAACAACAAGUACUCUCACCGCAACAACAACCGCAAGCGUUUUAUGCGCCGAAAGGCGUCGCGCCCCCGCCGCCGCUUCAAGUAAGCUAUAGUCGACCGACAUCGCUGCAUGAGCAACAACCACAACAACAACAGCCGCUGGAGGAGCUGCACCAGCAGCAGCAGCAGGAGGCAGAGCAACAACAACAACUAGAACAACAACAGCAACACGCCUAUUCCGACGCCUAUGCGGCUUUGGGGCGUGGCCAGUAUGAGUCGACGACGCGGGCGCCCAACAAUGGCAAAGUUUGACAACCAAAAUUCAAGUCGGAGCGCCAAAAAAUACCAAAAGCCAAGCGACAAAAGCAACAGCAACAACAACAACAACAACAAGAAC